GGACUGCAAAUCCCAGGAUGCUCUGCGGCUACACAGUCUCCGGAGAGUUUGCUAGGGAUUGGAGCUCAACGCCGGCAAAUGGGUGCCCGGAGAGGGUUGUGGAGGGGGCGACAGGCUAAAGGGGUACGCUCUGAGUCGUUCGUGAAGUGUGACUGUGACGAGGCUCAGACUCACGUUGGAGACCCCGCAAACAGAUGUUUUUAUUAACAGAACGGAAACUAUAUUUCCCAGCAUUCUUAUGGUGAGAGAACUACAUUGUCAGAAAGCCUCUGCGAGAUUCAUCUGUAUUCCGUUUCCGCUUGCUGACGCGGAUCUCCGGGAAUAUGAGGAGCCGCUGGCUUUGGCGGCUCCUACGCCCUGACGGCAGUCGAGGCGGCUGGACUUCAACGCCCCGCGGGCGUCUGUCGCCCGCCCUGCGGAGAGGUUUAUUGACAACCGUAACUAAGGCAAGUUAUGACAGGAGGCCAGUGGACAUAACUCCUCUAGAACAACGAAAAUUAACUUUUGAUACCCAUGCGCUGGUGCAGGACUUGGAAACUCACGGGUUUGACAAGACGCAGGCGCAGACGAUUGUGUCGGUCCUAAAUACGCUAUCGAAUGUCAGCUUGGACACCAUCUAUAAGGAGAUGGUGACUAAAGCCCAGCAGGAAAUAACAGUCCAGCAGCUAAUGGCUCACUUGGAUUCCAUCAGGAAAGACAUGGUCAUCCUAGAGAAGAGUGAAUUCGCGAAUCUGAGAGCAGAGAAUGAGAAAAUGAAAAUUGAAUUAGAUCAAGUUAAGCAGCAGCUGACCCAUGAGACCAGUCGGAUCAGAGCAGAUAAUAAGCUGGACAUCAACCUGGAAAGGAGCAGAGUGACAGACAUGUUCACAGAUCAAGAAAAGCAACUUAUGGAAGCAACCAAUGAAUUUACCAAAAAGGAUACCCAAACCAAAAGUAUUAUUUCAGAGACCAGUAAUAAAAUUGAUACUGAAAUUGCCUCCUUAAAAACACUGAUGGAAUCGAACAAACUUGAGACCAUUCGUUAUCUUGCAGCCUCGGUGUUCACUUGCUUGGCAAUAGCAUUGGGGUUUUAUAGAUUCUGGAAGUAAAAUUGACACCCCUGCUGUUGCUGCCCAUCACUCCUUAGAGUGUACUACUACAAACUCUUCAAAGUGCCUAUGGACUAAAUAGCAGUAUUUUGGUAUUUUAUUUUUGUGUUGUAUGACAUUAUUGUAUUGAAGAGCUGUCUCCCAAAGCCUGGUUUGAGAUAGAACAUUUUGUCCUUUUGGUAACUACAGCAACAGAAACAGUUUUUACAUUUGAGUUUUGCAGCUUUGCAAAUGAAGUAGGAUUUGUUAUCAGAUUACAUACUUGAAAACAAUUCUAUAUUCUACAUACUCACUGGAUUUUAUGUCCCUGCUGAUUUUUGCAGUUAGUUUUUUUAUAUAAAAUAAAAGACUACAGUGAAGUUGGUUGGAUUUUCUAAGUAACUUCCUAUGUAAGUGGAGUUUUUUGUAGUGAAUAAUAAAUUUUAAAAUGUGUACCCUAUUACAAAUGUGUUAUAUUUAAUAUGAAAUAUAUAGAGAUACUCUGAUUUUUAUGUAUAUGCCUUUUUUAACUUUUAAAUAUGUACAGCAGUUUGGGGGUGGGUUUUUGUGUUUUGUGUAGACAGAUUUUUCUUUGGGCCUCCAGCUCACAAAAAAUGACACAGACUUAUUAUUAAUGAUGAAAGCUUGGCCUUAGCUUACACUUGUCCUAACUAGUUCUUAGAACUUAAAUUAAGCCCUAUCUUUGAAUGUACACUCUUUUACGUGGCUCGGUUAACCUUGACUCUGUACUGCCCACCCUGCUUCCUCUCCAUCUGGCAACCCUGCUGUUUUCCUCUCCGAGUCCUCUCUGACCCCAGAAGUCCCUCCUACCUUCUUCCUGUCCAGCUUAUGGCCAUUCAGCUCUGUGUUAACCAAUCAGAGUGACACCUCUUCACAGUGUAAAGGAAUAGUCCGCAACAAUUCUGUUUGUUUGCUGCUCCCAGGGACUGAGCCUAAGCCUUAAUGCAAACCGGCUGAUCAGAUGUUUGCCCGCCACCUCCAUUCCUCGGCGCUUCCUCUCACCUCUCAGAUUCACUACAUGAAACAGACUUUCUCCAUCACCCAUUUAAAUUGGCAAACAUCUCAGAGAGAGAGAGAGAGAGAGAGAGAGAGAGAGAGAGAUAACCAUAUAUGUAGAUAUAUGAAUAUCCAUCUCAAAGAGAGUUAGAGAUUGGAACCCUAACUUCCUGAACCAAAAAAGAAAAAAGGAAAAUUCAAAUUUUAUUUCUUUCUUUUUGUUGUUAUCCAUCCAGUCUUCUAUAUUUUUCUUACUUUUCAUUUUUGGGGGGUUUUUGUUGUUAUUUUGGGUGUGUAUGUGUGCGUGUGCACGCAGGUGUGCUACUACAAGUAUAUGCAUGUAUACAAAUGUGUUAAUACAUGUGUAUGUUUGUGAAGGCCACACGUCAUCAGUGAGUAUCUUCCUUAUUCAUUCUGUAUCUUACUCUUCAUGAAACAGGAUCUCCCCCUCCCUCCGCUUCCCUUCUUCCCCCCACUUCCCUCUCUCCCUUUCUCCUCCUCCACUCUUUCUUCCCCUCUCCCCCUCCCCUGUUCACCCCCCAAACUUGGGAUUUUCCAUUUCUGCUAAACUGUCAAACCGUAGGAAUCCAUCUGUCCCUGCCCCCAGUGCUAGGAUUACAGACAAACUGUGCGCUCAGGUUUACAAGGCUGCUGUGCAUGCAAGCUCAGGUGCUCCAGCCACUCUAUAUUUUUCUAACAUCGUAGUUCUCUAUCCAGAUUGAAAGUGCUAAGCAUUUCACAAGAUUUCAUAAUGCCUUGACAGAAGCUUUUAAAACAGAAAACAAGUUUAAUUCAAAAUAAUCCUGCCAGUUUUUAAGACACAAACUAUACAGGAGAUAAAAGGUAUCUCGGUGUCUUGGAAAGAGGUCUCAUUUAGUCCUGGCUGGCCUCAGAUGGGCUACAUAACCAAGAAUGACCUUGAACCUCGCACAUCAUGGCCAGUGUGAUGUGCUGGAUAGUGGACCUAGAGUCCAUGCGUGCUGGCAAGCAUCUUCCAGCUGCUCUUCACCCCACCCCAGCCAUGGCGCUGUUAACACUGGCUUACAGACUGGAUUAGCCUGAGCUAAUCUCUGCGAUCCUGAUGACCCCAGGUUCAAAGCGCAAUCGCUGGCUCACCAAAGGAAGAAAGAGGGAUCGAAUGGAAAUGCUUAGGAACUACAUCAGAACCACGGCUGCUUUUUCAUCGACAAAAAACAAAGUCUCUAAACUCAAGGGAUUAUGGGGGAAAGGAGAAAACAAGCCAUGUGCUUUGUCCUGCUGAGUGCCUCUUAGCUAUAUUCCCAUAAAGCUUGCAGCACAGAGUGAAGAUGGAAUUCUGAACGAGAGUAUUUAGGGCGCUUUCUUAGCAAAGGUGUAGCCCAGGCUUUUUUGUGAGAGUGGGUUGUCAGUCAUGUCAAGCUGCUGAGUGACAGCUGGUAGUUGUUGUAAAGCUGUUCUGGGUAAAAACUGACUAUGUAAAAUUUCCUUCCAAGUCUAGAUGCUUUGUAAAAGUCGUUUGAAUAAAAACGUUU